GCGCGUGAUGCACUUCAUUAUAACAAAACUUUAUGUUGCCUGCUAUGGUUGCGGUUGCGCUCUCUCGUAUAAAGUCGCAGUUUUUUUGUUGUCUUAUGUGAUAAAUAUUUACACAUUAAUUGUGAGUGAAUAGCGAAUAAUUAUUGCAAAUAUUGUUAUACAUCUAUGAUUAUAAAUUAGAUGAAAAGUUAUUAUUGAUAAAACGAAUAAAUAGUCGUGUCAUGCACGUGUUUAGACUGAUCGUCAAUCAGUAUUUUUUUUUUGGACUUGAUUAUUGCCAACAACGUCUUAUGAGAAGAACAAUGGAUCGGAUCAACCAAUCUGCGUAGACAUCAUGCAAAUUCCAUUCUGAUGAAAGAGAUAAGGAUCAAAUGUGGCUUUAAAAUUCGCAUUAGUAAAUGAAGACCAUGACGAAACAUAGAAUUAUGGAAUCACAAGGGAAGAAAAUCAAGAGAAAGGAUUCGAGUGAUUCUUCAGGGAAAAUUUCAUUAAAAUACAAAGAGAUUAUAAAAAAUCAGCCGAUUGUACUUUUAGAAAAACUUGUGUGUGACAGUUCUUUAAUUUCAAAUACUCCAAACAAAGUGUCAUUAAAAUUAGUUUCAACGCCAUCUCAUUCACAGUUAUCACAAAAAAAAUUCAAUAAAUAUCUCUCGUCUUCAGCACCGUCCACAUCAAAAAAAUAUAAAGUUUCAUCAAGAUGUCAAAAUUAUUUAGAAAAAAAAGAUCCUUUAAGCUUAUCAUUUAUAAGCACUGAAGGUUCUUUAGAUGAAGAACUUUCAAAAUACGGUGGUGGCUUUGGGAAAAGUCGCUCAAAAUUCAAAGGUACAGUGUGUACUCGUGAUCCAAUGCGAUUAACGCCAUGCUCCGAUGCAUGUUGUAUUCAAUUUUCAAAUACAGAUGACAAGAAGAAAAAUAAAAAAGAUUCAAAUUCAAAGAAAAUUUCAAAAUCACAACCAACUUUUCAUACCUCAAUAAAAACAAAAUUAAAUUCAAGUCAAAAAUCAACAACAGAUUCAACAUCUAAACAAAAUAGAUUAAAAGAUGAAAAAUCUAGGAUAAAUAAAUGUGACACAAAAAUUGACAAUAAUUUAUUAUCAAGUGAUGAAAAUAGUCAAGGCUCAUUCACUUCAUCGAAUCGUGUAGCGAUUUUUAUGAAAAAGAAAAAUCCCCCAUCAUCAUCAUCAUCACAACCAACACAAAAUAAUAGUAAUAAUAAUAAUAAUAAUAAUAAUAUAAAUAGUCCUCUUAAUUUUUAUUUAACUCCAUCAAAUUCUUCAAUAAAAAGCAGUAAUAGUUGUAAUACAAAUUUAUUAAUAAAUCGUGGCACAAAACAACGAUCGGAAUAUUUUCCAAAUUUAUCUAUUGAUAAUUUAUGUCGAAGUGAAACAAAAACAAAUUAUCCAAAAGUUGUAAUACCAAAGAAAACACAAACAAAAAUGUUGGAAGCAGCGACUUUUCCCAAAACGAGUGGACCAAAUAUUGAAACUUCAUUUAAAACAAAAUUAUUAUAUACACAGAGCAAUAUGUCAUAUGUAAGUCCAUUGGGUUAUCAAGAAAAUGAAUUGAGAAUUACUCAAACAGAUAAUAAUAAUAAAAUGGAAAAUUAUCAAAAAAUUAAAGAAAAUCACAUUUUUCCUCACACAAGUUUUAAUAAUCAAAAUGUCAAUUAUCAGGAGAAUAAUUUUCUUAUGAAUAAUCAAAUUGAAAAUAGAAUCACAACUAAUGAUAUAGAAAAUAGUUUCAGAAAUUUAGCAUUUGAGAGGAUUCCUGAAAAUGGUACAUGUUUAUCAGAGAUGAAAUUGAAUGAAAAUAUUUGCAAUUUUCAACAGGACAAUGCUGUACCAUCUUCUUCUAAUAAUGAUUUUCAUCAACCGCGAGUGGAAGAAGCCCCAUUUGUUAGUCAAUUAUCAUAUUCCGAGAGUCAUGUUAGAGAAUCAUCAUUAUCGAAUAUUGAAAAAGAGGAAUUUUUAAUGGAAGACUUUAAUUUUCCAAUUUUGUCUUUUGAUAAAAUAAUUAAUACAAUUGAUCACAGUAUUGGAAUAUCUAAUUCGGAAAAUAAUUUACAACCACCACCAUCAUCGCCAAUGACAUCGUCACAAAAGAAGAAUAUAAAAAUCAAAGAUAUCGAAACAAUACCAUCUAAUUGUAUUCAAAUAAUACCAAGAUCAAAACCUAUUGUAAAAACAGAGAAUAAUUUAUCACAAGAAAACAAUGAUUCAAUAAAAAAUGGUUUAAAUGGUGAAAAAGAAAAAGUCGCAAUUAUUAAUAUACAAAAUUUGGAACAAUUACGUAAGGAUGAAAUAAUACAUAAUCAAGAUUUAUAUGAUUAUAAUAUUAUUGGAGAGGAAUUAAUAAAUAAUUAUUUGCCAACAACACAAGAUGAACAUGCUCUUGUUAAUUCAAGUAUUGUCGAUCCUAAUAAUGAUUUAUUACACUUAUUCUGUGAUGAUUUUCUCAAUGGGGAUAUUGUCAAUAAUAAUGGUAAUAAUAAUGAAAAAUCAAAUCAAAUUUCAUCAAAUUCACUCGAUAUAAAAGUACCAUUUUCAGUGGAACCUCUUCCAUCUUCAUCAAACGAAGUAUUACAUCUUUACGAUCCAAGUGGUCGUUCAUGUGUAAUUCCCGUGACCAAUGAAUUUAAAGAACCAUUACAAAAUUUAAAUACAUCGAAUGAAAAAAUAAACAAUGAGAAUAACGAUGAUUGUCAACGAAAACGAAAAUGGUUCGAUAAAAAGAGAAAAUGUCAUUCGGAACCAGGUGCAAAAAAAGUGAAACUAAAUAGACGAAAAUGGUCUAGAACGUGUAAUGAAAGCGAUGAUUUUACCGAUACAUCAUCCGAAGUUUCAAGUUCCUGUACAUCAAGUUUCUAUGAGAAUGAUAAUAUCAAUAAUACUUCUCACGAUAAUUUGGAAUCGUUAAACAUAAAUCAAAAUGAACACAACGAUGAAACGAAAUUAAAUCCAAGCAUCGUCACUAAUACUUUGCCAAUUGAAAUAAAUCAGAAAGAAAUUGAAACAAAUUUAAUAAUUGAAAAAAAUAUUGAAAUUCAAAAACAUGAAGUUGCUGUAGAAAAAUCGCUGGUCGAUCCCGAACCGCAACCAGAGCCAGAACAAGAAGAAUUGAAAAUUCCAUUAAAUCAUGUACAUGAGAAAAUUAGAUAUUCACCGUCUCGUUUACAAUUAAAACAAAAUGACAAACCACCACUCGAAAGGAAAAAGAAGAGAAAACGAAAUUCCAAAUUUUCACCAACUUCAUUUUCAAGUGACAGCAGUUCGGAUGAUGAAUAUGGAUGUAAUAAGGGAAAUUCAUCAUCAGACGAUGAACGUGAAUUAGAAGAUAAAUUGAAACGACGUUUUCAACAAGAAUUGAGCCACAUUCAAUCGGGAACAAAUAAUAUCGAUAAUAAUGAUAAAGAAUCAUUAAAAUCUCUAAACAGUCCAAUGAAAGAUGAUCAAAAAGAAGACGAUGCCAUCUCACUUUACGCUUCACCUUCGCUAAUGGAUAUAUCAAGAUGUACAACUCCAUUACCAGACAGUAGAGCGACACAGAGUGAUUUUUCCAAUAACGAUGAUUCAUUUUGGGAUGCUUAUAUGCAUAAACAAGAGGUUGAACUUGAAUGUGAUUUGAAAAGAUAUCGAGAGCGAUGUAACAAUGAAAGAAAUAAAGAAAAUGAGACGAAAGAUAAAGAAAAAAUGAAACAAGAAGAUUUAUUUACAAGACCAGUGAGAAAUAUAGGUAAAACGAAUUCUAAUGUUCGAAUUAAUAAUAUUAAAUCUAGACUUGGAAUGUCCUCAACUUCAAAUGUUAAUAAUUCAAAAACACAGAAUAGUAUUCGAACUAAAAUUGAAGCGCCAUCAACAUCAAAUAAUAAUGAUAGAUCAACUAUCGUUAAAACUAAAAUUGAAGCACCAAAUAAUAAUAAUUCUCAUGGCAAUAAUAUUAAAUCUAAUAUUGAAAUACCGUCUACAUUAAAUACUAAUGUAAAUAAUUUUACAACCAAAAUAUCAGCAGAACAAAACUUUGAUGUACCUUAUUUAUCGAGAUCAUUUAAUGGCCUUUGUUAUACUUUUUUAAUUCGUGGACAAUGUAUAAGAAAUUUGUGUCCUUUUGAACACAAGAUUCCAGAGCGUCUUCAAUAUUUUCCAAAUGUACCGGAACUGGCAGUAUACAAUCUAAUGAAUGAUUGUAUUAUCAAAAAAUAUCAAUAUUAUCUAUUGAAUGUUUAUACAAUUGUCAUGUCAAAAUUUAGUUAUUAUAUUGCAUUGAAAUUUUUUAAUGACAUGUUAGAUUUACAUUUGAUAAAUGUACCAUAUUUAGAGAGUACUAUUGAAAUUUUAAAACAAAAAUUAAUUCCACUAUCAACAAUAGUUCAUGAUUUGCUGAAAAUUAUACCAAUUAAUAAUAUUUUAUUGAAGACAUUAUUUGUAUUUGCCGAUCAAAAAUCAUUGCCAAAUGAAUAUUGGGAGACAAUGAGAAAUUUUAUUUGGAAAACAGGAUUAACGAAUGUUAUACUUGAAAAAAUUUUACAUCAAUGUUUAAACGAUAGUCAAAAUAUUGAACGUAUUAAUGAGGUGUAUAAAGUUUUUAUUGAUAAUCAUUUAAAUGAAAGAGUGAAUAAAGAAUUAUGGGUUGGUUUCUGUAAUGUUCUAUAUUUACAUUUAAAUGAAAAUUCAAUAAGACAAAAUGUUGUUCACAAUGAACCAAUUAUUAAUGAUAUUGCAUCGCCCGAUUUAAAUUAUCAGACUCCUGUUCAUGAGCAAAUUGAAUUAAAUCAUGAAAAUGUACAGGAAUCUAUUGUAACGAAUUCUGAAACUAUCCAGCAACCAAUUGAGACGAAUUUAAAAAAUGACAAUACUUAUUCAGUGUCGCGUAUUGAUUUAACACCGCAAAAACCGAAUCAAAGGAAUGAAGAUCUUUUUUGGAAAUUUUAUGAUCGUCUUGAAAGUUUAAAACGAGGUCUACAACAUAAUGAUUACAAGUAUGUCGUCAAUAUUCUCAAAGAGUUUGUCGGUGAACAUGCAACUGAGAAGAAAACUAUAUUCAGCCGACACUGUCAUCAUGUAUUAUGUGAAGAAAUAAAUAAAUCUAAAACACACGUUGAAAACGUCAUCAAAAUUGCAGUCCAAGAUGGAGAACUAUCCAAGAUGCGAGAAAUUUUGUCACAACUAGGAACUAACGUCUUGAUUGAAUUAGCUGAUCGGGAACUUUGGGUUUAUGCAAAUGAACUACUUAAGACGCUGCAAAAAUAUGAGCUAUACAAUAAUAACGCUGGAUUAACUCUACUUGCAGCUGAAAUUUAUUUAGCUAAUCAUUUCCUUUCGGAGGCUUUCUGGUUACUAAGAGAGAGUAAUAUUAUUUUCACUAAUUGUGCAAGUUGGAAAGUGAAGAGUAAUAAGGAAGAUUCACAACUUCGAAUAUCGGUAGUAACACUUUUAUUGGAGGCAUUAUGUCAAAAUCAUGCGCAAGAGGCUUUUUUUAUUUUCGAUUUAAUUCUCGGUGAACAACAAUCAAAUUCUUAUCCAAUAAAUCUUACGCGAAUUGUUGAUAGGCUUAUGUUGUCUUUACUUGAACAAGAUCGAAUGGACAAUGUAAUAAAUUUUUGCAAAAAAGCAAUGAGAUAUCAUUUAAAUUUUCACGAUAUCACUUAUCGAACAAUAAUCACUGCACUUGUGCCAAUUGAUAUUGAUUUGGCAAGACAAUUUUUUCAAUACGCUUCUCAUCUUGGUGUUUACACAACAUCAAACGCUUAUCCUGUAACAUGUGUGAUAACAAAUAUGGAUUGGUCGGAAGAAGAAAUGUAUUUAGUAAUUUCGGAAUUUCUACGAAAACUUUCUAUGGAUGCUGGAAUUGCAAUAUCACAUAUUGGAAAUAGGCAAUUGUCGGCUUCUUUUGUAUUGGAGGCAAUUCCUUCGAGGAAACAAUUAUACAAUGAUAUUUCCGAUGAAAACAAUAUUAAAACAAAUGGAAAAAAAUUGAAGAAAAGCAAAGCAAUGUUGAAGAAUAUUUUAGAAACUCGAUUUGAUCCACCAAUAACAAUUGUCAAAAAGGAACAAGUGAGUCAAGUGACAUUAAUUUUUAAUUCAUUCGCAAUUUAAUUAACGAUGAUUAGUGAAUUAUUAUUAUUGAAACAAAUUUACCUGGGGAAAAAAUAAGGGUACAAUUCCAAGAAAUUUUGACAAAUAGGUAUAACUUUAAUUAUAAGUUGCUAAAAUACAGUGUACAAAUUAAAUUUAAGCGUUUGAUAUAUAAAUUUAUCUUUAAAAAAAAAUUUUCUGUGCUCUAAUUUCUUAAAACAAAAAUUCUAAAUUGUGUCACAUAAGUAUAUAAUAACAAUAAUGACAAUAUUAAUCACAGUAACUUUUUUUUUUACAUUCUAAUGAAUU